AAACAUAAUCACAAGCAUAGAAAAACCAAUUGGGAAAACGAUUACAUGGCUUCCGACAGUUUUUCUUCUCUCGCCAUAUUGUUACCCCUUCUGCUUUUGAGUUUCUCUUCAAUAACCAGCCAUGUAAAGGUUGAAGGGGCAAGAAUUCUUGAAUCAUCUUUGCCAGAGCCAAAAUUACCUGAGUUGCCUCCACUCCCUAAGCUCGAGCUGUCUCAAGUUCCUGAACUGCCUAAACCAGAGUUAUCCCGUGUACCUAAGGUCGAGUUGCCACCAUUUCCAAAGCUACAAGUGCCUGAACUUCCAAAAUUGCCUGAAACCCCUGAAAUUCCUAAGCCUCCAGAGUUACCAAAAUUUCCUGAAAUUCCAAAGCCAAGGAUGCCUAAAGUUCCAGAAAUUCCUAAAUUACCUGAGUUUCCUGUGAUGCCCAUGGUAAAAGUACCAGAAAUUCCUAAGCCAAAUUUGCCUGAGGUGCCAAAGCCAGAAGUAAAAAGAGUCCUAGAAAUUCCUAAGCCAGAAUUUCCUGAAAUCCCUGAAAUUCCUGAGCCAGAGAUGCCAAAAGUCUCUAAAAUUUCCGAGCUAGAGGUGCGUAAGGUCCCAGAAAUUCCCAAGCCAGAAUUGCCUAAAGUCCCAGAAAUUUCCAAGCCAGACAUACCAAAAGUCCCAGAAAUUCCAAAGUCAGAAUUGCCUAACGUCCCUGAAAUUCCUAAGCUAGAGUUACCAGAAGUCCCUGAAAUUUCCAAGCUAGAGAUGCCUAAAGUCCUAGAAAUUCCCAAACCAGAAUUGCCUAAGGUCUGAGAAAUUCCUAUGCCAGAAAUGCCAAAAGUCCCCGGAAUUCCCAAGCCAGAAUUGCAUCAACUUCCUAAGGUUGAGCUGCCACCAUUACCAAAGCCUGAGUUUGCCGCUGUGCCAAAGCCAGACGUUCCCAAGAUUCCUGAAUUUCCAAAACCCCACUGAACUAUCAUUUCUUAAACAAGGAUAUUACUUAUUUCCCCUAGCUUAUAUUCAUCAGAUGUAAUAAAUGGGUUAAAUUGCUCUCGUGAGUCAAUUUAGUAAUAUAAUUUCUGUAUAACUUGUCGUUA